GAGAGGAGUCUCUCCAGAUCAGAACAUCAGAUGGACAAAGCUAGCCCUUCCUCCCACCCAGAGUCCCCGUGUCGUGCCUCUCCCGGUAGCACCUUAUUGCUGGGUAUGAAGAGGUUGUCUGUGCUGCUGGUGGACUGCAGGAAAACAACGGAGCUGACUGGAACUGUGAGAGGAGGAGAAGAGAUGAAAGGAUCAGAUUUGACUCAUCAAAGAGGAAAACCAAACUCUGCGGAACCAGGGACUUCCAAACCAGAAAGACAGCACCUCUGCUCCCAGAUUGGAAAGAGUAUUACCAAAUUAGGAAGCCUGAAAAGACAUGAGAGGACACAACCAGGAGAGAAGCCACACAAUUGCGAACAGUGUGGAAAGAGUUUUAACCAGUUAGGAAAGCUGAAAGUUCAUGAGCGAAUACACACAGGGGAGAGGCUUUUCCAUUGCGCCGAGUGUGGAAAGAGUUUUAACAAGUUAGGAAACAUGAAAUCUCAUGAGCGAAUACACACAGGGGAGAAGCCUUACCACUGCUCCCAGUGUGGAACUAGGUUUACCAAGUUAGGAAGCCUGAACAGACAUCGGAGGACACACACAGGGUCGAAGCCACACCAUUGCUCCCAGUGUGGAAAGAGUUUUAACCAGUUAGGAAACAUGAGAUCUCAUGAGCGAAUACACACAGGGGAGAAGCCUUUCCAUUGCUCCCAGUGUGGAAAGAGUUUUAGCCAGUUAGGAAGCCUGAAAGCUCAUGAACGAAUCCACACAGGGGAGAAGCCUUACGACUGUUCCCAGUGUGGAAAGUGUUUUAACCGGUUAGGAAAGCUGAAAGAACACAUGAGACUGCACACAGGGGAGAAGCCUUACAAAUGUUCAGACUGUGGGAAGACAUAUUACUCAUCACAGUCACUUAAAAGUCAUAUGAAAAUCCACACAGGAUAGAAUAAAUACUUCUAGUGUGUAAAUUGAUAUUUCACAUCACAUUGACUCACAACUCAUCAGAGAACAUACACAGUGGUCCCGUUGUCUUAUAUUGUUGUCUGAGAAUGUGUUUACCUGUUUUUACCACAUGAAAUUGAAUGGUACAAAGUAUACUCAAACAUAUAUAUUUGUAUGUUUUUAUUAGAAACCAUGAAGUGGAUAUGGAGAAUGUCAGUUUGAAUAUAAAGUAGAUCAGUUCCCAUGUGUUUAAAUGGUCCUUUUUUUAACUCUGACUGUGUGUGUUUAUCUGGGUGUGUCAUUCCUCCAGCACUACAGAUAAUACAGUGAUAUUUGGAUGUGAUGCAUUUGUUCCAUUGUUGACAUUUGCAUUGUAGCCCACUGAUGAUUUAAUGAAAUGAAAAUAUUCACUGACUCGCUCACGGAUUGACCCAAGCCUCUCACUGUAUGAAUAAAUGUUGUUUCCACGUCAUUUCAACUAAAUAAAUCCAUGUGAUGAUGUUAGAUCAAUGUAGAAAACUGAUUGGAUUUGUAAAAAGCCAUCAACAUCAGGAAUCUUUAUGUUUCACCCAACUGGGAACCUAAAUCCAAUGACAGGUGACAUUUUGUGUUGAUUUCAUGUUGAAUUCACUUUAGUUGACGAAUCAAAGAAAUGUAAAUAGAAACUAGAUGUUGGACUGACGUCUGAGCCCAGUGGGCUGGUUUGAAUAAGCAGCAGGUGUUGAAUCUGAUGUAUCAAAUACUUAUGUCAUGCAAUAAAAUGCAAAUUAAUUACUUAA